AGGGCAGUCAGUUGAGUCCCGGGCGUUGAGUUGGAUGCCGGUAGGCCGGCUUCUCGGUUCCUCUCAUUUUUCGGGCUACGGCCGGCUGGAUUCCCUCUUCCACUUACUUGUGUAGGCUGACAGCUUCUGCCCUCACCGCCUUGCUCUCUCGCCCCGUCCCCAGGCUUGGCCGAAGCCGGGAGGGUGCACUCGGAAGACGGGCUGCCUCCGAGGGAUAGGCUUGGUGCGGCGUCCCCAGGGCCGGUGGCCCAGGCAAGUCCUCGGGCCGGCUUUGGCCUCCUGUCGGAGCUGUUUAGUUGCCUCGCAAUGAGUGACUGCUGUGCACGCGAGGAGCGUUCGCGCGUCUUUCGCGGCUCGUUUUCCCACGGCGUCCCUGGCAGCGUUGCUUCCCUAAGACUCCGUGCGAAGGAGCGAUCUGACGGGUUGGUGGUUCGCCUUUAUAGCGUUAAAUGGCUUGCAGUUAUUUACUGGCAGAAUUGAGAUAAAUUCACUCUAUUUGAUUUACUCCAAUGAAUUCAAGUUUCAAACAUCAUCCAAUUAUUCUUAUAUCCAACAACAAUGAGAUUCCUACUGGUUUUUGAUUUUGAUCAUACAAUUGUAGAUGAGAACAGUGAUACCUGGAUUGUUAAAUGUGCCCCCGAUUCAAAACUUCCUGAUGAAAUAAAAAACUCCUAUCAAAAAGGACACUGGACGGAAUACAUGGAUAGAGUUUUUAAAUAUCUGGGAGAUAAUGGAGUAACAGAAGAAGAGAUGAAAAGGACUAUGACAGCAAUCCCAUUUACUUCAGGAAUGAUAGAUCUUUUAGAUUUUAUUGGCAAACACAAAGGCUUUUUUGAUUGCAUAAUUAUAUCAGAUUCCAAUACUGUCUUUAUUGACUGGAUUUUAAAAACAGCAAAUGUUUUUCAACUAUUUGAUGAAGUGUUUACAAACCCUGCAAGUUUUGAUAGCUUUGGCUAUCUUUCUGUGCAGAAUUGUCAUAUCCAUGAUUGUACAAAGUGCCCUAUAAAUUUAUGUAAGAGGAAAGUUUUAGAAGAAUUUUUAGAAAGCAAUUUAACGUCAAGAGUUAAAUACUCACAAAUUGUAUAUAUAGGUGAUGGUGGGAAUGAUCUGUGUCCUGUGAUGUGUUUAAAAAAGAGCGAUGUUGUUAUGCCACGCCAUGGAUAUAUUUUGGAGAAAAUGAUUUCUCAAUUAGCUCAGGAUCUUGCUCCAUUGGAUGCAUCAGUUCUUGUUUGGUCAUCUGGUGUUGAGAUUCUUGCCUACUUAGAAUUGCUUAUAAAAGAAUAGUUCCCAUUUAGCUUAACAACAGCAAAUUGGUGCUACUGUCUUGACUUUCACAUAGUAGAAUCCUUUCUUUAUAGAUAUUAGAAAAAUCACAUUUUGUUUAGAUAAUUUUAAUUGAUUGUCUUCCCUUUCCUUGUACAAAAUCAGUGUAUGGUUGAUAGAAUGAAUAAUUUAAUGAAGCAGAUGCCAAAAUUAUUAAAUAUAAUAGUCAUCAAUAUCAUUUCAGAUGAACUAUUAAAGUCUGUUCUAUGAUAUAUGAUAGUAGGUUCUGAUUAAUUAUAUAUUGGGCAGCCAUUUGGCCUGUGGCAGCAUAGCAUACACUCAAAUUAGCUCUUAUCAGUAAAGAGGAAAAAGAAGCAAAUCCCAUUAUGUGAGUGGAACUCUCACUCAAAUAAUUGCUAACGUUUGCUGCUUUUAAGAAAAUAACAGAACAUUAUUUCUUAAAAUUGAAAAAUACUUUCAUAGUCCUGUAAAACUGUAGAGGUCCAGAUUAUUUUCUGUAACCAAUUACAAUACAACAAUUGGUUGCAGUUUAGUGGCAUCAAAUAAAAAUAAGAUCAUAUCCAUUUUUCUCCUUUUUAACAAAUAUAUUCUACAUCAGUCAAUCUGGUUAAAGGUAAUGCACCAUUACAAAUAAAUGUAGGCAAUACUGAAUACUGUUUAAUAAUAUCUGUCCAUAAAAGUGUUGGUUUUAUCUGCAAAUAAAUCAUAAGAAUGCAAAUGAGAUGAUGCAAUGAAAGAUAUGUAUUUCUUUUCAUAAGCAAAAUACUUUAUAUGAAUUCCGUUCAAUUCUGUGCAUGUUUACUGAGAAAUAAUCCCUAAUUAGGCCAGUGGGAUUUAUUCCUAAAUAAACUACCUAGAAUUGAAUCCUUUAAAGAAUUAUGUAAAAUGAAGAGUAUAAUGUCAGUGCCACAAAUAUAAAAUUACUGCUUCAGUCUAUUACUAAGGCAUCACAUUUAUCUUUGCCAAUAUCUGCGAGGUAUAAUCUUUCUUUUUAUGUAAUUUUGUUAGAAAUAUGAAGAUACUGGAAGAGGAGGACUGUAUUAGUCUAUGUGCAAAUAAUAAUGACAUCAUCCUUUCCAUCUAGUAACUGUUAUUUAGAGGCAUAAGCCUUCAUAAGCUGAAACUCAGUUCAUGACAAUUUAUGCCUUUUAGUAAGAUUGGUUAGUUAGAAAAGGUGCUGCCAAACUCCUCUUAAUGUGAAAAUUAUAUCUGAAAGUUUUGAAAAAGGGCAUAAAUAGAUAAGCAGUUUUGUGUUGAUCUUUUAGCCUUUGCAAAAAGUGAAUGUGUGAAAAUUGGUUUAAUGUGUGGAAUUGUAUAUAUGGAUAAUGUAUUUUUUUAGUUUAAAAUUGGUGAAAGAAGAAAAAAAGAUUAGCUCAAUAUUAGCUUCCUCUCAGAUAUUAAUUUAUGUUGGUCUUAAUGAGUAGAUUAUUUAACUAUCUGCUAAGAUUCAGAUACUGAGUACAUUUGAUAUAAUGAACAAUGAAUUUGCUUAGAAAUCCAUAUUUCACUUGUUAUUCUUUGAAAUGCUAUGUGCCUACUCGAACUUUUGGAAUAUGUGUACUAUUUAAAAUAACGAUUAAUUUAUCCCAUUUGUAGUUUUUAUUUAAGAUGUAUGCUUAUAAAGAUAACAAUUAAAUAUUUUAUUACUGAAUCUACCUGUUAAAUAUUUUGCCUUAACUGUAGAAUAUAGCGAUUAUAUAAAUCAACAGAAACAUACUGUGAUGGGACCUAACAGUUGUUUAGCUGAUUAGUAUAAAAAGAACAUUGGUUUUCUAUUUCUUCCUCUGUUGGGGAUACUAUAUAUUAAAGCUUUUUCUAACAAAUUCUUCUCCCCUAGUUUUAAUGAAGCUUAAUUUGCAUUCCUUCCCAGCAUAGAUGAGGACCCUAUUACAUGGUCUAAAGAUCUGCUUAUUUGAUAAAUGUGAAUGCUGAUUUUAACAGUUAUCUUGACCCAUGGAUUAUUGCUUGUGCUUUCAACCAUUGUGCAUCCAUCUUGGGCAGGAUUUAUAAUUGAACUAUCAGAGUUCUGCUAUUUAUUAUUUGAAUAAUUCAUAUGGCUGCCCUAUCUCAGAGCAGGACUGGGUGGUGUAAAAGGUUAAAAACCAACAGUUAUAAGUAAUAUCUAAUGACUCUUGAGGGAAAUAAUACAUUCUAAUCUUAAACUCAUAUCAGCAACAGUGUUUUCCUAACCUUCUGGUCCAAAUGUCUGAGGAAACAGCCUGAUCUUGAGAACCUUAUGAAGGGCUAACAGGGUUGGGACCAACCAGAUCUCUUGAGUAUGCUGUUCCACAAGUAGGCACUGGCAUUAUGUUUUCAACAAGAUGACAUUGUUUAAUUGAGGGGAUCUGAAAUAUGCUAGAUCUAGUAGGAUCAGAAAAAAAA